AACGGAUCACCGGUCACGCACUACAACAUCGAGUGUGGCGAUCGAUUGAUAACGACGGACGCAUCGAGCGCCCGGGAAGCGGCCGUUGCUGCGGACAAAUCUGCUGCCACCAGCGGUGACGUGGAGGAGGUGAACGCCACCGGUGACGAUGAGGAGUUCGAAGAGGAGGACGAAGAAGAAGCUUCGGUCGGUGGCAGUGGAGCGGCAUCUUCGUGUGAGGACGAAGACGAACCAGUGGCACACGGAGCAGAACAACCAACUAGCAACAGCAGACAUGCAGCGAAUUUAGUAGAUAGUAAAACGCUUGGCAAAGCACUGGCUGGGGCCGCUGGUGUACACCUUAGCUCUUCCUCGGCCACCGUCAGUCCGGCACACUCGGCAAAGGGUAGCAGUGGUACCGGCCGGGACAAAAGCAACUCCUCGUUGGCGGAUCUUUCGGCGACCGUCAACCGGAACAUGCUGCUGAUUGGGGAGCUGCACCCGGAGACGACGUACCGGCUGCGGAUACAAGCGAUCAACGCAAUCGGUACCGGGCCGUACAGCAAUUUCUUGAAAUUCACGACCGCACCACUGCCACCGAAGCCCCCGAAGUUGGAGUGCACGCAGGCGGGCUUCGCGCACCUGAAACUGCGCUGGGGCGAAGGCAAACACCUCGAUCUGGCCCGCUACUACGUCGAGAUGGAACGGAGCCGAACGGUGGGCGAGUUCCAGAGUGUUUACAGUGGAACGCGCACCACCUGCAAGGUGAUGAAGCUCCACGAACUGACAAGCUACACGUUCCGUAUUUGUGUUGAGACGCGGCACGCCGGCAAGGGUGAUUACUCGGAGGGUUACACGUUCACUACGACGGCCGCCUCACCGAACAGCAUCAAGGCACCACGGGUCUGUGUUGAUCCAGCAGCAGUAGCCGCAGCAGCAGCAGCGUCUGCGUCUGCGGCAUCCACAGCAAACCACGCUUCGCUCACGAUCGAGUGGCAGACGAGCCGCAACAAUCCGUUCUCCGAUCCGAUCGAGUACAUUCUGCAGAUGGCCAAAGCAAAGGACCAAGAUUUUCAUCAGGCCUAUCGCGGACCCGAGUCUCGGUUCACCGUGCACAACCUGCAGUACGGUAUGGCGUACGCGUUCAAGGUGUGCCCAGUACGCGUGCGGCAGAAUGGGGAUCAUGUGAGUGGCCAGUUUUCGCCCGUGUUGCACCACCAUUUAACCCACAGUCAGCAUGCGGUACGUGGUGGUGGUGGUCCGGCCGGUAGUAACCAUCGGGGAGCGAUGGAUGAGGUCGACGGCCGUACCCUGUUCCAGGGUAACGUGGUGAACAGCCGCGGUGAGCUCAUACUGACUGGUAAGUCGUCGUCGGCGGCGGCAGCAGCAGCGUCCGGUGCACUGCUGAUGGCAGGAGGCCAGGGCGCCAAUAACAACGGGUACGGGUAUGGUCCCGAUGGCCACCAGGCCGGAGCAGGUGGUGGAGGUGGCCCGGGAGUGAAAGGUAGUGGCAGUAGCGCCGCAUCAUCCACCUUGCGCCAGCUGCAGCAGUUCUUCGAGCCGGACUCUAGCAAAGCGGUUGCGUUCGUGUUUCUCUUCUGUCUGCUUUCGAUCAUCGUGGCAGCAUUCCUCAAGUAAAGUCCUCGCCACGGGUUUGUCGUCGUCAUCGUCCACGGCACUCUUGAUCCUGUUGUUGUAUCAUGUAUGUGUUCGUGUGCAUGUGUGUAUGUGUGAUAUGCUGAUAGUGCUGCCGUUACGCUUGGGGAUGCUGCUGCUGUCGUCGUACGCAGCGCUGCCAAGGCGCUUGGUAGAGAUUGUGGGGCAAAGUGUUAUCCGCCGGAUCCGGAACUGGGCAACCUGGGGCAACUAGCUAAAUGAAGCAAAAGCUAAAUGUGCAAUCCACUCAGCUGGAGGGGAGAAAGAAGAACCCCUCGACACCGGGUACCACGUUAUAAAUUAUUAAAUAAUAUUCGAGAAUCUUACCGAGAUUGUAAUGUGUAUGUGCGUGCACCUUCACCUCUCUUAUACACUACUUUACGCAAACUACUAACCUCCCAUGCAAAAAAAAAACUGCAAUACACAGUACACAGUAUCUCUCUCAGUGUGUAGCACCAGUGUCCACGGUGGCUGGAAACACAGAAAGGCAAACAAUCAAGAUGUACACGAUCGUGUGUACCGCGUGUACCGCAAUCUUCUUAAAACCACAAACAUCCGCCGCAAUUGUUUGCGCCUAUGCUCGUUGCCCCACGAGUUUGGCAAUCUAUUUGAUCUGCUUCCUUUUUCCCGUUCCUCAUCCGUUGAUCGAUGAUCGUGCUCAGGGUCACAGCUCUCGCAUUCGCGCAUUUAGGUUUUGUCCAGGAACAGUAACUCUGCAGGAGCAGUAGGAGAAGGAAACGGUGUGUCGAUAAAUAGACCGAACGGUGUUGUUGUUACAUUUGCUAUAUUGUUUAUGCCGUUUAUCAAUGUGCUCUUCUUGUGUUCUGUGUUCUGUAUUCGCCGGAACAUUCGAAAUCACCAAAAAAGGCACACCGCUUCCACCGUUUCUCGUGUGCUUGCCCCGUGGGUUUCGUUUGGUGCUGGGCCUACUACUCUGCCACCAUCACCACCACCACCAGCAUGCUAGAUCGGAUGGAAGAUACCAGAAAGUGUUAUUGCAAAUUGUUUUGUAAUGAUACACGCCACGUUUCAUAUUUUAUAUCCGUAAUUCCAUUUAUGAUUUUGGUGGAAAAAAAGUGCUAGAUACACACCCACACCAAUGCUGACGAUCACGUCCAGCAGCAUAAGUAUUAUUAAACAUUAAUCCGGCUCUCUUUUGCACACUGCAACAGCGGUACAGAAUGGGAAAUGAUGGUGGUGACGGUUGAAGCGAUCCUUCCCAUAAAGAAAAAACAGUGACACAGGGACACAACGAACAUGCCAAGACAGAUCCUCGCCCCCUCCCAACCAAAACACACGCACACCCUCACACAGCAUCAGCAGGCAGUCUCCGGCAUCGGUAGUAGCCACCAUUAUCUCAUCCCCUAGUAGUUUUUAAGGAUUCAAAAAUAUUGAUAAUUACCCCCGGAGCAGAGAUAGUCGUUAACGCAGGCGAGGAGGAAGCAGCGCAGCAUCAGCAGGCGAUAGGAGCGCGACACACAGCCAGCCAUGCCAUUGUUUUUUUUUUAUUCCAUUUUCCCGAUUUGCUGCGAACAUCGAACGAACUCCGCAAAUGCAACUCUCCUCUUCCCUCCUUUACACUCCGGGAUCAGGAAAAUGGCACAUGGUCCUCCAACCAACCGUUGACCCCGUAGCGCUUAUCGGGCCUUAUCGGGUUUACGGGUUUUUUGGUGGGCCACAUAACGCCGCCGGUAAUGAACGCAUUCCAUUAUUUAAAUCAUGUAUAUUUGUAACGUGUUUAUCCGAUUGCUUUAUAUCUAUAUAUAUAUCUAGAAAUAUAUAUACAUAUAUACGUACAUACAUACAUUACAUACAUACAUAUAUACAAAUACCUACAUACCGCCGUUUUAAUUCCACUUUUUUGUAUGCUUGCGAUGUGUGUACGGAGGCAAAAGUGAAACCAGCCAACAGUACAGGGUGCCGUGAGCGCCAUGUGUGAAGAAGGAAGAGUAGUGUACUUAAGCCGACUCACUUACCAAAUUAUUGUCCAGUCCAGUGCGCUGCAGCUUGAUGCUUGCCCUUUUGUUCUAAACAGCUACUUCCGUUGAGACCGUUGCGCCAGAGUAUAGCUGGCUUGCGAACCGAAGCCUACUAAAAGUACGCAGUGGCAAACGAAAAGGUUUGCUCUGCUUUGUUGGAUCAGAGCUGCUAGGAUACCGGAAAUUCUUUCCCAUCUCGCCCCUCCACCAUUUAUCCCUUUGGCGAUCGUACGAUUUGUGCAAUCCUGUCUUUCCACAUUCUGUCCCGGUUUCCAGCACACCACGUGGCCUACGAUUAUUAUUUAAGAGAACUUUUUAUUUUGUGUUUGUUAUUAAUUUCCACAUCGUUUACUAUGUCGUCGUCUUUCGGGAAGAGUGCAACAGAUCCAUUAAGAAACGGACACGGGUUGUUUUUUUGUAUUUUUUUUUAUUUAACUCUUUCCUAAUAAUGUCAAAGUCACAGUUCCGGUGCAUUUUCUUCGUUUAGCAUUUUGUCGGUUGCAAUAUUUUACCAUUGUUGUUAUUUAAUCAGGUAGCAUUAGGGCGCCUCCUUCGUUUAAAGUUAAAUUUCGUUUUAACAUUCUCAACAAUCACUGGCAAAAUCAAAGCAAACACUUGAUGCAGUCAAUCUAUUCUAAUCUACACUGUGUGAUUAGAUAUCUCACUUUGAAUGUCGUCAGCGCUCAAACCUAACAGCCACGAUGUUUGUGUGUGGGUGGGUGUGUGUUUGUGUGUUUUGUUUAGUGCGAAGGCAAGGCCGCCGUAAUCGGUAUCGAAUCGUUUGAGCUGAUCGAUUGAUGAAGGAAGGAAGGGAUCGAGAACAGAACAGCAGUGAAUGUGAAGCAAAUCAACGUGCACACGUUAAACAAAAGCCUAAAUCAAAAUCCAAAAUGUAGUAAACAAUAGCAAACGGGUGUAUUGCGAAAGGAAAGAAGGAAGAGGAGUAGAGGGAGCAUUGAUAAUGCUUUUGCUAAAGGCUGCUGAUAGAGUGACUGAAGACGAAGAAGAAUGGUUAGGAAUGGGGGGGUGGGAUAUUGUUUUGUUUCGGUUAGUAGCUUUGUUGAUAAAUUGAAAAAUUGUAAAUAUAGGCAAAUGGGAAAAUUUAGAAUGGUACCACAACACAAUAGGGAAGAAUGAGAGGUUCGUCUGUGCGCCAGUGCAAUUUAGCUCACGACUGCAAGAGCGCUAUCGAAAGAUGGCGAAAGGUAAAUAAAGAAAAUUAUACAAAGACCCCCUCCCCCCACACCCAGGAAUGGAUUAGGAAUGAAGAGGGAUGGUUAGGGUAGGCGAUUAUCCAAAUUUAAAUUGUGUAGUAAAAUGUGUAAAGCAAAUACAGAAAGCGAGAAUGAGAGAGAGAGAGAGGUAGAGAGGUACAAACGGGCAGCA